UUUAUUUGUCAUCGUGCGUGGUUUAGCUUGUUCCUUUGGGGGGGGUAUAAAAGGGGUCGUGAUAUUUGGUUGACAUAUAAAUAUAUUUAAUCGUUGGUUAUUUCUAAUAACUAGUUGAUAUAGGAGGUAGCUACCUAGUCAUAUUUUUCAGGCACAUCUACUUUGUCAGUGAAGCUACGAGGAUAUCUUACCUAGAGAGGUUCAAAUUCAAAAUAUAACAUGAGCGCCUCUCCAUCCAUCUUACUCAUCGGUGCCGGCGAGCUCGGCACAGCCGUCUUAGAGGCCCUCGUCGCGCACCCCAAGCGCAACGGCGGCUCCAUCGCCAUCUUACUUCGGCAAUCUAGCAUCUCCUCGCAGGACCCAGCCAAGAAAGCGCAGAACGACCGUCUAAAGUCCCUAGGCGCUACCUUCGAGGCGGGAGACCUAGCGAAUGAUUCGGCCGAGAAGCUCGCUGGGGUGUUUAGGAACUACCACACUGUAAUCUCCUGCUCGGGCUUCGGCCUCCCGCCCGGAACCCAGGUCAAACUCACACAGGCGGUCCUGCAAGCUAAGGUGCGGCGGUACCUCCCCUGGCAAUGGGGCAUCGACUACGACGCCGUGGGGGGUGGCAGCGCGCAGGAUCUAUUCGACGAGCAGUUGCGCGUGCGCGCGUUGCUGCGCUCGCAGCAGGAUACAGACUGGAUCAUCGUGUCGACGGGGCUGUUCAUGAGUUUCCUAUUCCUACCCGCCUUCGGCGUCGUCGACGUCCAAGGACGAAAACUGCGCGCGUUAGGGUCCUGGGACGCGCGGCUGUCCCUUACCACGGCGACGGAUAUCGGGCGUAUGGCGGCGGAGGUGGCGUACGAUCCGCGGGAUGUCUCGCGUCGGGUGGUGUAUAUUGCGGGGGACACGGUGACGUAUGCUCGGGUUGCGGAGGUGGUGGAGGGGAGGUUUGGGGGGGAGUGGACGAGGGAGGUGUGGGAUGCGGAGGGCUUGAAGGAGAAGCUGAGGGAGAGGCCGGAGGAUGGGAUGCUUAAGUAUACGAACGUGUGGGCUGUGGGAAGGGGCGUGGCGUGGGAUAUGGAGAGGACGCUUAAUGCGCAGAGGGGGGUUGAGUUGCAGGGUUUGGAGAGUUAUUUGAGGGAGAUGCCGGAUUUGUAGGUAGGUAGUGGAACUGGGUUGGAGAUGGGAGUUUUUGUUGGAUAUAGGGGUUGGGAGGCCUAUGUGCGAGAUGGAAUGUUAAUGCUAAUGUGAAGUGGUAUUAAUACAUCGAAACCUGUCUCUGAUGAUUUGAAGCUUCUGGUAAUAAGAUGGACUCUAAGGAUAUCAUUAGCUAGAUCCUCGGAUUAUUAUACACCUUUUAAC